AUGACCAAUCUGAAUUUAAGAGAAUUACCGUCGAAGGCAGCAUAUGCUGCAUUUGACGCAGGAUGGGGUCCUUAUAGUGGAUCCUGCGAUUGGCUCAAUAGUACAAAGACUGCACUGGAAAGUGCACUUGGUGGGCACGAAAGUGUCCAAAGUUAUAUAGAAAAAAUUUCAAAAGCAUGGUGCAUUGUGCAGAAUUCAGAGGGAAAGCGCUUAGCCUACAGUCCAUAUUGUAUUCCCUUCUAUUAUUGGUUAGGUAAUAUAUUAUUCAACACAUUAAGUGGCGUUGUUGAAUCACCUCUCGAAAUUAUGAAAAAAAUCUAUGAAAAGCUAAAUGAAGUUCCCAAUAAUAAAGAUAAGUGUGAAAUUAUAUAUGAACUUAGUGACAAGGACACUUUCAAUGAAAUGAAAGCAGUAUAUGAAUAUUCUCAAGACCAGUAUAAAAUAAAACAACAACUAAAGAAAACCAGUAAAGAGUGCACUUUAACAUAUCAAAAACACCUACAAAACAGUGUUUCAGCUUACAACUCAUUAAAUACAAAAUGUGGAAGUUCUACGGAUACUAGCAUUAGGUACUGUGAAACUUUCAAGAGACAAUAUAAAACACAACUUUUUGAUGGGGAUAAACUAUCACAAUUAACAUGCAAUAUCAUAUCCGAGGAGGAACCCGCACAUACUGUGGAACAACCACUAUCACAGUCUCCCAUUAAUCUAAUCACCACAGGAAGUAACACCCCUAUCAUUACCCCUAUUAUCUCUUCUUCCUUAGCUGCAAUAGGAUUACCAGCAGUUGCCGCCUUCUUCCUUUACAAAUAUAAUCUUUUACCCACCUGGAUCAGUAAAAAAUUUAAGGGAGGUAGUAAUAGAAGCACAGGAAGGAGAUCCGCCAUCGGAAAAAACUUCGAUGCGUUCACAGAAGGUGAUUCUUCUACUGAAUACUCCACAGAAAAUUCAACGCUGGGUUCAGCAAUGGACAGUUCCAUAGGAAUUUUAACUGAAUACAAUAGAAGAGGACGAAGGCCACCACCAACAAAUGGAGGAAGAGCAAAUACUAAUAAUAGGCGACCACAGAAAAAUAUAGCUUAUCAGAACAUGUAA